AUGGGUCAGAUUGAGAACCGCGCUGUCACACACGUCGCGCACGAGGAAAUUGGAGAGAGGCCGGACACUGUCGACAUUCCGGAAGAAGCCAACCCGGACGAGUCUCGACCUGCAGAGCGUGUCAAGCUGGACGGCGGAUUGGCGGUCACGGAAGACAUACAGCACGAGAUGGACGACGCAGACGACUGGGACGAUCUGUAUGGCACAUCGAAUCCCGCGACGCCUACCAAAGCCGACGCGACUGCUGCCGUUCCCGACACUAUAUCCGCAGUAAAUGGUGCAGCACUUGCGAGCGAUGGAGCACAACCGACUGCAACCGCGCCGAGCCAGCCACAGGAGCACCAAUAUGGAGUGAGUGCCGCAGCACCAGAGCAUACAGCCAAGACACAGCAGGAAGUCGAGCCGGGAGUACCAGCAGACGCGAUCGACACCGGGGACGACUUGGUUGCGCCGCCUCCUCACGCCCCAUCUGAGAGCAACGACAAGGCAUCCACGGAUGUCAUGGAGGAGACGACCCAGAUCGAGUACCAACAACCUCAUCCUGCGACCGAGCAGAGCACCACCCCCGAUGGCGAGACACACCAGCCGCAUCCAUUGCUCGAUCCACUAGCGGGACUGCUGUCGCGAGAGGAUGCUGUGCCGCUACCAAAGGUGACCGAGGAUGCAGACUUCAUGGCUGCAGCGGCUGCGCAGAAGGAAGACAAGGAUGCAGAGUGGAACUUUGAUUCAUCAGACGCCGAGUCCUCCUCUGACUCGGGCAGCUCGGACUCGGACGACUCUUCAGACGAUUCGGACAGUGGUAGCGAAGGAGGCUAUGAGAUGCUUGAUCCAGCGACCGCUGCCAAGAUCCUCAUGUCUGGCGACGGCGACGACGAUGAUGGCAAAGGCAAAGAUAGGAGCGGAGCAGACCACCAGCCGAGAACAGCGAACGAGACCAAGGAAGAGGUCGUGCCAAAGCCAGAUGUCCGGAUCACAGAAGACAUGAAGAUCACAUACCUCGGAACAGUGGACAGGGCGGUCGAGAACAUGGUCUUGAUCAAGGGCGCAACAUCAGGAGACUACCAGGUCCUCGAGUCCGGAUCUGUGCUUUGCAACGAGCAGCGUGAGGUCAUUGGUGCCGUAGCAGACACUAUCGGCAAGGUGCAGGAGCCACUCUACAGCGUCGCCUUCACCAACGCUCAAGGCGUGCAAGAUGCGGGCCUCGAGUUCGGCACCAAGAUCUACUACGUCGACAGCCACAGCACAUUCGUCUUCACCCAACCUCUCCGAGCCGUAAAGGGCACCGAUGCCUCGAACAUCCACGAUGAAGAAGUUGGCGAAGACGAGCUCGAGUUCUCUGACGACGAAGAAGAGGCGGCGUUCAAGUCGCAACGAAAGAGAGCGAAGAAGGAAGGUCGUACAGCUCUGACGAGGAGCGAGUUCCAGGCUGGUGCGCGAAGCUUCGGCGCGCCGGGACAUGACGGCGGACACACAUACACGAAUCAUAACAGCGAUGUGCCUGCACAGAGCUAUGGCGCCGCGCUGUCUUAUGACGACGAGCCGACCGGCGAAGACUUCUACCAACCGUUGAAGCGACCAGAGAAUCUCGCUCAGCUCAUGUCGAAUGGUGCUCCACCACCACGACAGCAGCCGACCUUCGAUCGUGGGAGAGGUCGCGGGCGGGGUGAUGGCGCGGAUCGCGGCGGUAGAGGGAGAGGGAGAGGCGGCGACAGAGGAGGCCGUGGUGAUCGUGGGAGAGGACGAGGUGAUCGUGGGCGAGGCCGAGGGGGCUUCGAUCGCGAUCAGCGAGGCGGCAGAGGAGGUCAGCGAGGACAGCAUCAACAGGGUCAUCAAGAGCGACCCAGCAGCUUCUCCAGCGACAACCCGCAGUCAUCGUUACCACCACGACCGAACUUCCCACAGAUACCGCCACCACAACCUGCUCCUCCGGUCCACUACCAACAGCCAGCUCCGCAAACCUACCAGUUCGGUGGCCAGACAUACCAGUACGGUGCGCCACAGCCACCCGCUCAAGCGUCUCAAUACAACCACUACGCUCCUCAACACGCAGCUGCACCUCAGCCUGGUGCCUACGUGAACCCGGCCUUCUACCAGCAGCAGCCGCCCCAACAGCAGCAAGCUCCUCAGCUGACACCGCAACAGCAACAAGCAUACGCCGCUUGGUUUGCUCAACAACACGCUCAACAACAAGCGCAGCAGCAGCAGUAUGCUCACGCACCACAGGCCACUGGCGGCGCUCAGCAACCCCAGCAACAGCAAGAACCAGCAGGCCCACAAUUCGACCUCAGCGGCAUCCUGAAGAGAUUGAGCGGUCAGCAGUAG